CCCCCUGCAGGACGAGAUCGAGGAGCUUCGGGCCGAGAUGCUGGAGAUGCGGGACGUCUACAUGGAGGAGGAUGUGUACCAGCUGCAGGAGCUGCGGCAGCAGCUGGACCAGGCCAGCAAGACCUGCCGCAUUCUGCAGUACCGUCUGCGCAAGGCCGAGCGCCGCAGCCUCCGAGCCGCACAGACGGGCCAGGUGGAUGGGGAGCUCAUCCGUGGGCUGGAGCAGGACGUCAAGGUCUCUAAGGACAUCUCCGUGCGGCUGCAUAAGGAGCUCGAGGCGGUGGAGAAGAAACGGGCGCGGCUGGAGGAGGAGAACGAGGAGCUUCGGCAGCGGCUCAUCGAGACCGAGCUGGCCAAGCAGGUGCUGCAGACGGAGCUGGAACGGCCGAGAGAGCAUUCCUUGAAGAAAAGAGGAACCCGCUCCCUGGGGAAGACAGACAAGAAGACUUCGGUGCAGGUAUUUCCUGGCAGCCCCCACGGCCCCCACAGGCAAGUUUGGAAUCUGAAGGGCCAGGCCUAACUCCCAAGUGGCCUGGGAAGCCCACCCCUCCCCAGCUUCAACCCCGCCCUCCUCUUUUUCAUUUUCUUGGCUUCGAUGCUCAUUUCACUUCCCAAAACAAUGCCCUGAGCCCAUGGUUCUCAC